AUGAAUGUAUCACGCACGGUUGCUCCUGUGGCACAUUGGUCUCCCUCUUUUUCUCCCUAUCUGAAAGUGAAUGUAGAUGCUAGUUGGCAGAAGUCGACAAGGAAUGGUUAUGUUGGGGUUGUGAUACGUGAUGUGGAGGGUCAGUUUGUGGCUGCAGCUCGGUAUGCAAUCCAGACUCCUAAUGUUGUAUCGGCGGAGGCCAUGGCUAUUUUACGAGGAUGUGAGCUGGCUAUUGCUUUGGGCCAUCAGUGGGUGAUUGUGGAAUCCGAUUCUAAGGAGUUGAUUUCUAGCUUAUCAAGUUCGUUGGACAAUGGCAGAUGGGAAGCCUUUCCUACCUUGGCAAAUGUUCUAAGGUUACAAGAGUCUUUCCAGGGAUGUCGCUGGUCUUGGGUGCCAAGAUCGGCCAAUUUGGCUGCGGACAGGUUGGCGUCGCACAGCAAUACGGACAUGUGCAAUGUCAUAUAG